GUAUUUUUGGACAGUCUUUGUGCAGCAGCUCUGCGCUAUAGAACCGUGAGCAGCAGUGCAUGCGCACCGGAACCACAAUGGGCGUCAUCUAUAAAAUACUCAAGCAGCAACGCCAGCAGCAGCAGCAGCGACACGGACACGGACAGGGACAGGGACUUACCAUGGACCUCCGCCUAAGCACGGCCACCAAGUGCAAAAUGCAGGCGGCCAUAAAGCAGCGCCAGCAGCAGCAGCAGCAGCAGCGCCGACUCGAGGAUCACCUGCAGGUGCCAAAACCAGAGCCAGUACGGAGCGAGGAGAGGGAUCACGACAAGGAGGAGCUGGCUGAGCAGCAGUUGCAACAGCUCUGCCGCUUCCUGGCCGAGAAUGCGUCGCGCAAAAAGCGCCAAAGCUUCAAGCUACGAUACGACAGCGAACCGACAGCGGAGCUUCAGGAGGAUCCAGAACAAGAACGAGAACGAGAACGAGAACGGGAACAGGUGCAUCUCUUAGCGCCAGAGAUGGAUCUCAUCGAGCAGCUACAUCACGCCCACUCACCAUUCACGGUCGCCAGAGGUGCAGCGUCCACGGCGCCACGUGACAGCAUCCUAAUGAAGAUACGCCACCAGAUCUUCGAGCGCAAGCGACAGCAGCAGCGGCAACUGGCGGAGCUAGUGCAGCAGCGACUGGUGGUGUGGCGCCCAUGGUAGGACUCUGCUGGCUGGCCAUAGCCAUAGCCAUACGCGAGAGAGAGAGAGAGAGAGAGAGAGAGACUCGAAAACUUAAACUAGUCUAGGGUUAGGCUGUAAAAAUGAUUUCGGUAUUAUUCCUGCUGCUGAGUGAUGAUGGCACUGCUCUUCCAUUUUCCCCCGAACAAUAACCUUUUUUUUUUGCUGUUAAAUAUAGUUGUAAAAAUAAUAAUGAUUUAUCCUUAGCACAAGUACCAUAGAUGGACGAGUAUGUGAAAGAUGCACGAGCUUCCCAUACAUAUGUAUAUUAUGUAUUCGCUAUGUUUAAUUUUUUAUUUUUUUAUUUUUUAAAGUGGAAUGUGAAC